ACACGCCAACCAGGAUGAGCAGGAAGAUCUCAGUGAGGUGGCUUCUGAAAUUGGAAACACUGUAAUGGAUACAGAGUCUCAGCUUGCUAUCAACUAUAGAAGAUCAGAAGAUGGAGCAAGUUUAACUGCUGGUGGUGAUACGCCCGAAGUUUCAGAAAGAUCAUACAAUGUAUCGUAUACUUCCAUUGAGAGUUGUCUAUCCCCUUCUGCAGAUGACACAGAGAAUAACGGACAGGAUUUUGAAAGUAUUGAGGACCUGCAAACUUCAGAGGUCAAUGACACUCUGCAAAAUACAGAUCAUCGUCAAGAAAAUGAGGUUGUCAAUAUGCAACCAGAGCUUGUCAAUGCAACUGAGGUAUAGUCUUUGACCUGAUUACUUGGGCUUAAGUAUAAUAGUGAUAGCAGGGGUGGGCAACCAUUUUGUGCAGAGGGCAACAUGGCAAUUAUUUAUUUUUUUGUGGGCUGCAUGAUAGUUUUUUAAGAUAUGCCUUUGAAGAUGGGCUUUGAAAAGUUACCCUGAGUUCGGUUGAAAAAUAACAGGUUGAAUAAUUUUUUAACUAUAAUUUAUUUUUGUUACACUUUGAAUAUUUUACACUAUGAUUAUUACUUUUCAAAGGCUUUAAGAGCUAAUCAUUACAAUUUAAAAUUUUUUAUGACAAAGUUAAUCCAGUUUCCGGAAAGUAUUGUGGGCCACAUUUAACAUGUCAGCGGGCUAUACAUCAACCCACCCCUGAGUUAAGGAAACAUUAAACAAACGUUUUAAUCCAUUGUAGAAAUUACUACAUUAUAUUUUAUUUCUAGUUGCAGUCAUUGCUCGUUUGUCAAAAUAAUGAAAUAAAAUUUUGCCUGUAUGAUUGGUAAAAAUGUUUAUGGAAUACAAUAAAAGAUAAAUGGCUCUUCAAAUUUUUAUUUAAAAAAAAACUCACUGAACUCAAAUUAAUAAUGUUUUACAUCUAGAUAUUUCUUGGAAUUGACUUGCAUAAUAGUUAACAAAAAUCAAAUAGAUCAUAGUUUGUCAAAGACACACACACAAAUUUAAAUAACAUCAGAAAAUGUUACCUUUAUUUUCUUUACAAGGAAAGAGAAAGUCAAGAAACAGACCCUAUUUAUAAUGAUGUUGAACUCUUAUCUGGUGCCGUACCUGAUUAUAAUGAUGUUGAACUCUCACCUCGUCCUGCCAAUUACCAGCAAACUGAGAGAGGUUCAUAUCGGGAUGAUAGAGAUGUCAAUAUUCUAAGAUCUCAUAGAAAUGAAUUAAGCUAUGACAUAAACAUUAGAAGCUGCCGCAGAUUGCAAC